UUACUAAUAUUGGUUUCUUUCUAGGUUUUGAAUUUGUGGUUAACAAAACAAAAUGGUUGUGCAUGAUUUUUUACUUUUAUUCUUCAAAAAAAGAAAUGUUCAUAUAAUAGUUUGAGCAGUUCUAUAAAGAUGUUUUAUGAGAUGUAUUCAGCAGCAUUUUCUCUCAUUUUUCGUUUGAGCCAUGAGUGCGUCACAAAGCUAAAUAAAAGGAUUUUGAAAAACUGAAUAAACUGAAAAUACAAAUUGAAAUUUCCUGUUAAAUACAAUCUAAGAAGACAACACUCUUCACAAUCUAUUACCCUGGAAACACCAUCCUCUAGCAGUCAACAUCAACUACAAUCGGAUAUGGAAAUGGAAAUACAAAUAAAAUUAGAAUCAGAUAAAUCAUCUAUAGAUUUAGAAAUGUUUGGUUCAUAUUCCUCGGAUACUUCGCUGCAAAGUGAACCAAAUAAUACAAACGCCCAAGAACCUUCCACUUCAUCAAGCGGUCUAAUAACAUCAAAUCCUACUGCCUUAAUUGCCCUACAACAGCUGGCCUCCAUAUCAUCGGCUCAGUGUAUGGAACGUUUAGUGCCCAGUUUACCCAAAGAUCUAUUGGCCCAAAAUGAAUCAUUAUUGUAUGGUGGUCGCAAGAAAUUACCACGUCAAAGUACAAAACGUAUGUCGCAAUAUGAGACAAAUCGUUGUCCGCUCUGUUCGCGGGUCUAUCGUUCACAGGCAUUUCUCAAUGAGCACAUGCGCAAGGAACAUUCAAUAUUAAUAUAAAUCUUUUGAACAAAAAAAAAUGGAAUUGAAUGCAAAGAAACACAGGCAAGAUUAGUUUUUAAGAAUUGAGCCUAUUAACUAUAGUUUUUUUAUAUACAUACAUAAUAUAUAUUUGUAAUUCAUGCAUAAAUCUAUGCAAACAUUUUUAUUAGAAAUAGCAAAUAAUUUAAAUACAAUCUACAAUAGAUUUUUAAACAUCUUUAAAAACAAAAUCAUCAAUAUUUAGUUACCAAGUGAAAACUUUACAACUAGUUAUAUACUAAAAGAUUAUGGUCCAUAUAGUGAAAAUUUAGAUUUACCUAAUAAAAAAAACCCUUAAAAACUUGAAUUUAACUGAAAUAUUCACGUAGAAAAACAAAUUUGAAAACUACUGAAAUACGUGCUGGAAAUUGAGCCCCUAAAAGUUUGACUGACAACAAUUCCAACAACAACCUAUCAGCAAGUAAUAAGGAAUCCAUUCAGUUUUUCACAUCUCCAUAUCGGUAUAGACUAGACUAUAGACUAAACAAUAGACUAGACAAAAGACUAGACUAUAGGCUAGUUUAUAGACUAAAUUAUAGACUAGACUGUAGACUAGACUAUAAACUA